CUUGCCUCCUCAAAAUUGGGCCAUGUGAUAGUCCGAAAAUAUCUUGGCCUUCAUUCUCUGACCGCUGGACUGAGGGGUUGUCAACCGAUAUCAAGAUUUCCUCUGUUUUUCUCUCUCAAGACACCAUUUCAGUCUACAAUCCAAGAGAGGGAUGCUAGGAAAAUCAUUGGCUUCUCCUUUGCUGACAUUUUAUUCCACAGUGGGCAUCUGCUCUUUUCCUGAUUCUGUCUCAGCAGCCCCAAAUGUAAAUGUUCGAAACUAUGUUCCUCUAGAUGUUUUUGGGGGACCUCGGAUAACAACAUUUGCAUCAAGGCGAUGGGAGUUACAUUCAACUGCUGAAAUUCAGGAUGCGGUAUUGAGUGUUGAAGAUAAGAAAAGGUGGGAAUCGUGUACGCAAGCUCUGGCUGCAAUCGGGGUUACAAACGAGGCAGCAGAGAAAACACUUGGCAAAGCGUUUGGCCAGAUUCACUCUCCAUACUGGGGCGAAGAACGGAAAAAGGAAGUGCCAAGGAUUGAGGUAGUAAAUGAAAUAUUGAAUUAUUUGAAAGGAUUAGGCCUUACGGAUGAUGAUCUUGGCAAACUUUUGAAGAAAUUUCCCGAGGUACUUGGAUGUAGCCUUGAAAAUGAAUUGAAAACCAAUGUGCAGAUUUUAGAGAAGCAAUGGGGAAUCAAAGGGAAAUCGUUGAGAAACCUCCUCCUUCGCAAUCCGAAAGCAUUGGGUUACAAUGUUGAUUGCAAGGGAGAUUGCAUGGCGCAAUGCACGCGCUGCUGGGCUCGAUUUUAACUUUGUUGUCAUGUAUAUGAUUUUAUCGAUUCAGAGAUUUUCUUCUAGACUGAUCAAUUGGCUCUCUGUUCGAGGGAUAUGUAAAAAUCUGGUUCCGAUCUUGUAAGUUCUCCUUAUACUAAACAAAUGCAUACUGGAGGAUUUUUAUUAGUAUAAGUUCUCCUUAUGCUAAACAAAAGAUCGAUAAAUUUGAGUUAUUCUCUAGGUUUUGUAAAUUUCAGAUCUUUUCAGAAUAUAGUACCAUAAAUAAGUAAAAAUCUUGAUUA